CGUAGAUUAUGCUGGAAGGCGAUUGCACAAACAUCAUACAUCCACUCUCACUAUCCAGUACCCACUACAAUAACAACGUUUAUUGGUGUUACGCCGUCUCCGAUUUACCCUUUGCUCUUGUCCGAGACAUUCGGCGGUUGUUAUCCGUCUGUUACGGCCAUUGUUUAUCGCCGAGUACAAACGAACGGUGUCCUAUGGCCGUCAGUUAAUUUGACCAUCCGAAGCCUGUGACGACGAUACCGAAAGAGUCAACUAUAAACAAUAGGUACCUAGCUGAAGAACGCUCAACACUGUCUGAAACCGUUCGGUCACGUUCAUAGUUUACUAUGGCCGAAAAGUGAGUAAAACCGCCUCCGUACGUUUUGGUUCUUUGUUGUCGUGCCUUCCUAUCAGUUUAUCAUUUUCUUUGCAGUUUCUUGUCCGAAUCCCUAGUUCUCCUUUCGAUUUUAUUGGGUAUCGGUGAAUGUGCUCAAUUUACUGGGAAGGUCUAAAUAGCUCUAGUACCCGAUCUGGUUAGGAGUACUUAAUUUUAAAUACCCACGUAAACCGCUAAUAAUGGUACAUAUAGAUAUUUGAAAAAAACAUCAAGGAGUUAUAGACAAUCGUGACUGGUAUUUAGGAAAUGUAUUCAUAUGCAAAUUAUGCGAUUUUUUUUAAACAAGUAUCAAUAUUUACAAUGUUUACUUAUUUUUCUUGAUAGGUCUAUUAAUUUACAUUGCAUUUUUAAAUUUAAUACUAUAUAAUAUUAUUAUUACAGUUUAGGCUAAAGAAAAACAUUAUCCUCAAAAGAAAUUCCAUGUUAUUAUAUUCAAUAAUAAAAUAUUUUUUAAUUUUAUACAAAUAUAUUUAUCCUAUUUAAUUUAUUUUAGACAACCCAAUGAUGUUGAAGAUAUCAAUGAAGAAACUAUAGUGAGUCCUGAAAAGGAAAAUGAUGGAGGAGGAUGGUGGGAUUCGUUAUAUUCUGCAGCCAAGUCCAAAGUAUGUUUAAAUAUAUAAUAUUAUUCAAUAGUUGUAUUCUGGAAAAUUCUUAUUUUGUGCUUUAAUAAAUAUAUUAUUAAUUUUAGUCGGCCGAAGUAUUGGAGUCUGUUAAACGUGAUCUCGGUGAAUUGACCACAAUAGUUACCACUGAAACUAACAACAUUGUGUUAAACACCACAAAUGUUGUCAAAGAGACAUUACAAGUAUGUUAAUAUUAUAUAGGUUCAGCAGUAGAAUUGUUGGGAUGCUACAGUGCCCCACGCCCCAAAAAUAUAUUCGAUAUGAAAGUUAUAAUUCUCCGAUAAUAUAAUAAAAGGUGUUAAAUCUAUAAUAAAUAGAUUAUAAAUAAUUUGUUUACAAAAAUUCAGUAUAUCGUUGAUUAUUUUGAUUUAUGUAAUAUGCAUUUUUUAGACAACAGGAUAUUUUUAUCUAUUUGGCAUUUUCGAUAUUUUUUUUCUGUGUGUGAAUGACAAUAAAUUUAGUAAUUUAUUUUUAUUAAUUUAAUAUUUUAUGUUCAACUAUUUGUUAAAACACAAAUAUUUGUAAUUUAUUUUAUGAUUAUAAAAUAAUAUACAUUUUUCAACUUAAAAAAAUGAUUCAUCCAUUGUACAGAAUAUGGUAGCUUUAUUAAAUUUGUUUUGUUAUUAUAAUUUGCCCUACAGUUAUGUAAUAUUCCCAUUUUUAGUAGUCUUUGCUUGUGUAGGUUCCCGUUUCCUAAUUAUGGUAAAUAAUUAAUAUUUACACAUAUUAUAUAUUUUAGUUGGAAAACCCAGAAUCUACCGCAAACACAAUGAAGAAAUCAGUAAGUUCAUUUCUUGACCAAAUGUCAAGUGCUCUGAAUCCUUUGCCCGAUGAUUCAGAUGAAGAAUCCCUAAUGAUUGUGGGUUCAGAUACUGUUACGCUGUCUAGGUUACAAGUAAUAUAUUUAUUUUUAAUUAUACUUCAUGUUUGAUAUUAUUCGAUACUUAAUUCUAGAAUUGAUUUUUUAUAGGCCCAAAUAUAUACUCUGGCUAAUGAUCCAAAUACAUUUAUAUUGGAAAUUGAUGACCUACUUGAGAAAAGAUAUAAAGCUUGGUUAGAUUGGGUAAAAAGUGGUGACAGUAGUUUGUUAUCUAACGAAAAACUCACAAAAAUAUUAAACGAGUGCACUCCAUUGCGUGAAAAUUAUGAAAAACUUGUUCCAAAUUCUGUUUCUCAUGCAGAUUUUUGGUAUCGAUUUUUGUUCCGAAAGGCAUUGUUGGAAGACGAGGAUGCUAAACAACAAAGGCGUUUAGAAAAAGAAAAACAAGAAACUGAGAGAAUAGAUUUCAAUAAAGGUAGGUUGUUGAUAAAAAUUAUAUGAUGAGGAGAUGUCGUUUACAUUGUAGUUAAUUACAAUUUACAGAAUUAAUUCCAUUAUCUGAUAUAGAAUUAUCUGAAAAAGAACAAGAGGAAAUAUUGUCAUCGUAUGAUCAGGAGCGAAGAGUAUCAUCAAAGUCCAACAGUCCUACAGAAGGUAAAAUGUUUUUUUUGUAAUUGUAUCAUUAAUAUCAGUGAAUAUUUUUUGACAAAAUGUAUAGUUACAUUUUAAAAUUUAUUUUCAUAGAUAUGAAAAAGGAUUCAAAAUUAAAACAAGAAGAUAUUCCUUCAACUGCUUCUUCAGUUACCACUUCAAGUUUGGACAAAGGUGAUUGUUUAAACAAAAUGGUUUUUUAAAGGUGGGGAAAUGAUCAAUAAUUGACAUUUUAAGAGUAAAAAUGUAUUUGUAAAAUCAAUUUAUUUUCUAUUUAAGAAAACUAUUGUAUGGAAUGUGUGUAGUAGUAGACUGUUAAUAGGUGUCACUGAGGGAGAAAUGAGGAUUAGACAAUUUUAAACUCCUUGGGACGUUUAGAGAAUUUGUAAUACCAACCUGGUUGCUGUAAGUUUGUCAGCUGUUUUUGUCUUGUAUACACCUUUUAAGUUGGUAAGCCUUAAGGAUAAUCCGACUUAUAUAUUACAUGGUGAAUAGUGAUAUUUUGAACACGUGAAAAUCAAAUGUACUCAUUUUGUCAAGUUAUUGCACCUCAUAAUAUUGUUUUUUGUAUUAAACAAUACCUAUAUUUUUUUUAUGAACAGACGAAUGGGUCAAGGAUUUCGAUAUAGAAGAUAUUGAACCGUCUACCAAGUGAAUUGAAAAUACGCUGAUUAAAAUCCAAUGAUUUUGUUUAGUUUACUGUUGGAAGGCUAUACGAUAUAAUAUUGUAUUUUGAACAUAUUUUUUUUUAUAUAUAUUUAUACAUAUUAAUAUUAUCAUAUUUAUAAGUUAUUUUUAUUGUUGAAUUCACCGUUUGUUUUGCGUCAUAAAUAAAACUAUCACGAUUGACGAUAUUAUACUCUU